AUGCAUCAAGAUAUGAAUUGUCUUGAUGAAGAAGCAUUAAAAAGGAUACAGAACUGUGAAAAGUUCAGUACCACUGGACUUACUGGUUGUAAUGCAAGUUUUGAGCACUCAUUCACCAGUAGCUUCGGUACUAUACCGCAGCAGGCUUCAAUCGCUGGCACUCAGAGUGGUCACCGCGGCCAGGGUUUUGUUGCGUUCUUAGGCGUCUUGCCAGAAUCUACAUCAAUCAGCAUUUCUCCAAACCAGACGGGUUUUUGUCGUGGAAGUAAUGCCACCAUCUCCUGUACAUCCUAUGCCAAGCCUCCUGCUAAAUACUCUUUGUAUCACAACACAAAGCUGGUCCAUGAUAACAGUACAAGUGGCGUGUUUAGUGUGACAUUGAAUGAUACAGGAAACAACAGCUACACCUGUGUACCGUACAAUACUGUGGGGUUAGGUCAAAAUAGAAGUGUGGAGCUCCUUGUCAAAGAACCCCCAAAUAUUGAUGGAUGUCAGGUUAUCAGUAAGUAUAUGAUCAAUGGAUCAGUUAUCGAAGGAAAAAGAGUGACGUUGUCGUGUAAAAUCACUGGUAGUGAUCCGCUGAACAUAACAUGGACCAAUGUUGUUCAAGUGUGGAAUCAAGUGAACCUGACGUUCAAUUCUGUCAACAGAGAAAAUACUGGAAAUUACCUAGUGACAGUUAAUAAUGGCAAAGAGUGUAAAAAAACAGCAUCGGAAAAUCUCUCACUCAGUGUAUACUUCCCUCCAACAAUCAUUUUGUUGAUUUGUCAAGGCUGUCAAAGUGGAGUUGCCGUCGAGAACCAAACCAUCACCUUGGUGUGUAAUGCUACUGGUAACCCCAUGCCAAACAUCAGAUGGAUGAAAAAUGGACAAUAUUACGAUGGAAAUAGUUCAGUAUCAAGUCCAAUGAACAAGCUUGUCUUCCAAAAAUUUGCAAUAAGCGACACAGGAAUUUACAUCUGCAUUGCUGACAACGGGGUUGGCAAUCCGGGAAGGAAAUCAUUCMUUUUAUCUGUUAACUACAGACCAGAAAAUACCAGCAUUAAGAUAUCUGAUGAGAAAAAGGUCUUCUGUGAAGGAGAUUCGAUACACGUUACUUGCACGUCACACGCGAAGCCCGCCCCAGUUUACUCUUUGUAUCGUAGUAACGUGUUUCUUGGUAGUAAUGCUAUUGGUAUCUUUGUUGUUGAACUUGCUGAGAAUGGAAAUUACAGUCUUACCUGUAUACCAAAUAAUAAAGUUGGUAUUGGACCAAGUAAGAGCGAAAGUGUUACAGUAAAAGAGCCUCCCAAAAUCACCAAUUGCCGUAUUAAUGGCUCUCUAAGUACGAGUCAACCAGUCGUUGAAGGGGAUGUGGUAACAGGGAGAUGCAGUGCAUCUGGAAGUCCUCCACUCACUGGAAGAUGGACCAAAUAUGGACGUGUGUGGAAUGGGAAUGAUCUUAUAUUCAACCCAAUGAAUCGAGCAGAUGCUGGAUCCUACAAGUUUAUCUUACACAAUGGAGACGAAUGCAAUAGAACCGAGCAAAAAAUUCCAAUAUCUGUUUAUUACUUAGAUCUUCUGGAAGUGAUUGGAUCAAGUAACAAGAGCUACAGUCAGUCCAAUCCACUGGUAUUGUUCAACCUUAGUAUCAACGCAUAUCCCAGUAACACAUCCCUGUCUUGUAAUCCUUCUGCACCGAAUAUAUUGACURCCAUCACCAGCCAUGAUGCAGGGUUAAAUAGAAAACAGUAUCUGGUGGUGGCUAUCAUUCAGAAUGAUUUGGAUAGUGCUAGCAUUGUAUGUAAAGCUGAAAAUAGCGUUGGUGUACGAGAAAGGACAUUGCAUUUUUACAGACAGCYGAUAGUCUUAAAGGAAGCUUUUGCCGGCCAGUUUAGUAUAACAAACCCAAAAUGGCAGGAUGACCUUCAGGACGUAAAGUCAGCAGGCUACAAUGAUCUUAAACAGAAGUGCAUCAAAAUAUUAGAAGCUGYAUACUUUGGUGUACCAUAUUUGGCUGCCAUAAAAAUUAAGGAUUUCAUUAAGGGAAGCAUCAUAGUGCGGUUUGAGCUCGAAGUCAUUGGUAAAGUACCUGAUCCACUGCUGCCUUUGAGAGAUUAUAUCAAAASACAAGGAGAAGARAUCAAUGGCUURCAGAUAGACUACAACAGCAUUCAGAAAUCAARUGGUAAGAUGGUUUAGUAGCUUGGAUUCGACUCGG